CCAAUUUAUCCAUGGUGUUAACAUGGAAAGCAAAAUUCUUAAUGUAAGCUAGCUAUCUUUGAAACUUGGAGAGACUUCUCUUCUCCACCGCAGCUUCAUCGUUGUGCUCGACAGCGUUACCGCGGCUUCACCGUCAUCAUCCACAAGCCACGGCAGUUUCGUCAUCGUCGAGACAGCUCCUUCUCCUCUUCAUCCUUGCAAAUUCAAGCCAAAGGGUUUGGCCUGUGAAAUUUGAAUACUCCAUAGAGUUCGACAGUAGAGGGUGCCUGCUGCCUAGUGUUGGCUUGUGUGUGUUGGUGAUCCCCGUUUGGGUUAAAUAAUGCCAAAUAAAGGAAAUAAAAUAACAGAAGCAAAUCAACCUUCUAAAGACAACUUAAGAUGGUCUGAUGAGAUGGAUGAAGUUCUGCUGAAUGCAUUAGCAGAAGAAGCAUUGAAAGGUAAUCGACACGAUGGCUCGUGGACAACUGAAGCAUAUGCCAAGGCUGUGAAGACUUUGAGCAUAGCAAUAGGCCCGAACAUAACAAAGAACCACAUCAAGAAUAGAAUGAAGACAUUGAAAGAUCAUUUUGUUCAGGCAUAUGACUUAUUUCAUCACUUAAGUGGAUUUGCGCGGAAUCUUGUUACUAGAAAGUUUGAAGCUGAAGAAGAAGUGUUGCAAGACUUUAUUAAGGAGAAACUAUAUGCAGAAAAAUGGAAAAAAAUGCAAAUUAAGCAUUAUGAUACUUUGAAGGAGUUGUUCGGAGCUGAUAAAGUGAUGCGUGAGCAUCUUUUCUAUCUUUUCCUAGUGAAUUUACAUUUGAAUUGUUAAGUUUAAUCAAGAUUUAGUUAUCUUUUUGCCACCAUGAAUACUACUUUGAGUUAUGUGCAAUUCUGUUUAUUUCAGGUAGCAGUCGGAUGGAUUAUAUGGAGUUUCUGUAGAAAAAGAGAAGAAAGUGAAUGAUGUUGUCAACUCUGACCUCCCUGCACUCCAACAAGAAUAACUCAAGUUACAGAAGUCCAAUUGAUGUUAUUCUAGUGGCAUUAAAAAUCUAACUUCAAGAGCUUUCCAACGAUGUAUAAUAGUAUACACUUCUUCUCCAGCAAUUCGGUCAUACUGGCGCCUAACUUCAAGUUUCUCAAGUUAGGCACCAGAAAAAGAAUGUAAGUUGAGUUGUAGGCUGUAUUGGUGGCGCCUAACUUGGGAUUAUCCAAGUUAGGCGCCAAGACAAGAGGAAACCUUCAAGAGUUCACUGCUAAGGUGGCGCCUAACUUAGGUUUCACCUAGUUAAGCGCCAAAUACAACCAUCAGCCUCCAAUUCCAUUCGGCCAGGCUCAAGUCCAACUUCAGCAUCCCAAGUUAGGCGCCAGCUUUAUGAAAGGCAAUGGUCCCCAUGCUCCUCAAGGCCUGCACGAGAUCUUUGUUGAUUUUGAUUAAACUUUUAUUGUAUUUAUAAAUAGGAAAAUAUAUUAUUUAGUUUUAGAAAAUAUAUUU